AGCGUCGUGUUGGGCCCCAAUGGCGAGGGCUCCGGUGCUUCCCGUGCUCUUGUGCCUCGCGGUCCUCGCGCUGGCCGGCGGCGCCGACGCGAGGAGGAAGAUGGUCGGCGUGUACGAGCUCAAGAGAGGGGAUUUCUCCGUCAAGAUGACCAACUGGGGCGCCACCAUCAUGUCGAUCCUCGUCCCUGAUUCCAAAGGGAAUUUGGCCGAUGUUGUGCUGGGCAAAGACACCCUCGCUGAGUAUGUUACUGAUAACUCUGCCUUUGGGCCGCUAAAUGGGAGGGUGGCGCAGAGAAUGGCCAGGAGCCGCUUUGUCCUCGACGGCAAAGUAUACCACACGUACAUCAACGACGGCAGGAACUCCAUCCAUGGUGGCCACAGGGGAUUCAGCAAAGUCAUAUGGACGGUGAAGGAGUACGUCGCCGGCGACGACUCCCCGUAUAUCACGCUCUACUACCGGAGCUUCGACGGGGAGCAAGGGAUGAAAAAUAUACUUGUCCGAGACCUGGACGUGUACGCGACGUACCAGCUGACGGGCCCGUACGAGCUGAGCAUCCGCACGAACGCGACGGCGCUGAACAAGGCGACGCCGGUGAACUUCCUGCAGCACGUGUACCUGAACCUGGGCGGGGAGGGCAGCGGCGACAUCCUGGGCCACACGCUCCAGCUCUCCGCGUCCCGGUACACCCCGAUGGACGAGGAGCUGCUCCCGUCGUCGGGCCGCGUCGACCCGGUGGCCGGCACGAACUACGACUUCCGCACGCCGACGCCCAUCGGCGCGCGCAUCCGGAAGGUCAAGGGCGGCAAAGUCUACGGCUACGACAUCAACUACGUCAUCGACUGGGAGGGGAUGCGGAAGGUGGCGGUGGCGCGGGACGGCAAGUCGGGGCGCGCGCUGGAGCUGUGGGCCAACCAGCCGGCCAUACAGCUCUACACCGGCAACUUCCUGAACCACACCCAGGCGAAGGGCGGCAAGCUGUACGAGCAGUACGACGGGUUUUGCCUGGAGACGCAGGCGUACCCGGACGCCGUGAACCACCCCGAGUUCCCGUCGGUGACGGUGAGGCCCGGCCAGGUGUACAAGCACGACAUGCUCUACAAGUUCUCCUUCUAGCUUUUUUUAGUAACAGAUCUCCUUCUAGCUAUGGCUGCGCUACGGGUAGUAGUGGUACCAUCAUUGGUUA